CGGCAAGAAUCCAACCAGCAAGAGCAAUUCCUCAGUGAGAACUUGUUCACCGACACAAACAUAAUGAACUCGAUGACACCGUCACUCUAAAAUCAAUCAAUGUACACAACUAACCCGUGACGAGAGCCUCAUUUCGUCAAGUGAUACAACAAAGCCAACAGUGUCCUCACGAACUAAACUGAGUUCCUGAGGGCCAUUACUUCCAAUCACAAGGUGAUGACAACUCUCAUAUUGGGCAUUGGCCUUGGAUUAUUCAUUAUUGUAACCCUCUGGCUAUCAGCGGGAUUGAUAUUCGCCGUUGCUCUCAGAACUGACAAGAGAAUCGGUGGCAUCGCUGUUGCCAUUGCAGCAGUCAUCACUAUAAUUUUGGUCAGUGUGCCAAAAAGCUCGGAGUAUCCGACGCCUCACCACGACAAGUCUUACGAUCACCUCUUCAUCUGGCGAGUGAUCCUCCUGACCCUCCUAGCCGGCUCCUCCCUGGUAGCCCUCAUAGCCUACAUCAAGUACGAUCUGAUGGAAUCCAAGAGGCCCAGGAAGAUAACAAACUGGGUAUUUUAGUCACC